UUAAAGAAACUCUGGGCAAAUGGAAUGUGUUGUAUAAUCCUUCCGCCUUCUUCUUUUUGUGCGUAAGGCGUCAAUCGUUCAAGAUUCUCCCCAGGGCCUCCUGCUAGUGCUCACUGCACUGUUGGACAGUAAUGAGUAAAGCGGCGAGUUGAGUCGUCGCUCCGUUCUUCACUUGCUUGUUGACAUUGGGAGCCAUCUCCAUGGAGUCCGUGGAGAAUUCAUCGGAGGGACUUCCCUCUUCCCCAUCGGCACAUCUUUCUGCGAUAUUUGACCGAGAUCGUCAUAUCACAUUCCUUCAGAUGAUGUACCAGUUGCUGCCAUCCCCUUACCAGCUCCAAGAGAUCAAUCGCCUUACCCUCGCUUACUUUGUCAUCUCCGGACUUGACAUUCUUGGGGCUCUCGAUCGGGUUGACAAGGAUGCUGUUGCCAAUUGGGUUUUGUCCUUGCAAGUUCACCCUAGAAACCAAGCAGACAGAAACAGUGGACAAUUCUUUGGUUUUCUCGGUUCCAGGACUCCACAGUUUCCUCAAGUUGAUAAUGGGGUUUCACUUCCCAACAACAGUCACUUGGCAAGCACUUACUGUGCCCUUGCCAUAUUAAAAAUUGUUGGUUAUAAACUGUCCAACAAUGACUUUGAAUCAGUAUUGACAUCAAUGAGAAAUCUUCAGCAGCCUGAUGGAAGCUUUAUGCCCAUCCAUACUGGGGCUGAAAAAGAUCUGCGAUUCAUAUAUUGUGCGGCUGCCAUCUGUUUCAUGUUGAAUGACUGGAGCGGCAUGGACAAAGAAAAGGCCAAGGAUUACAUAUUAUGCUGUCAGUCUUAUGAUGGUGGCUUUGGAUUAGUUCCUGGUGCAGAAUCACAUGGCGGGGCAACUUAUUGUGCUAUUGCAUCCCUCCGAUUUAUGGGAUUUCUUGAAGAUGAUCUUCUCUCGAGUUCUGCUAUGAGUCCUGUGAUAGAUGUACCAUUGUUACUGGAUUGGCUUGUGCAGAGGCUGGGGACCGAUGGUGGUUUUCAAGGUAGACCUAAUAAAGUUAGUGACACGUGCUAUGCAUUUUGGAUUGGUGCAGUUUUGAGGAUUUUGGGGGCCCACAACUUCAUUGACAAAGGAGCUCUUCGUGGAUUUCUGCUUGCUUGUCAAUCUGAGUAUGGCGGGUUUGGUAAAGUCCCCGGCGACUUUCCGGAUCUGUACCACUCUUACUAUGGAUUUACUGCCUUCAGUCUCCUGGAAGAACCUGAUUUGCUAUCACUUUUCCCUGAACUGGGGAUAACAGGACUAGCUGCAGGGGGUCUUUAA